AUGGGCAGACUGAGGGCCACGGCUAGGCCCCAGGCCAGAGCCACACGCAGAAGUCCUGAAGAGUUUGUGGAGGAAGUGUGCAAGGGGUGGGCCACAGCGCGGUACCGGUCCAGACUCAUGGCUGUGAGGGUGAAGAUGGAGGCAUGCAUGGUGAGCAGAUCCAAACUCAGUAGCAGACGGCAGCCCAGCUCCCCGAAAGCCCAGCCGGACGCCAGGCUGUCGUACACAAUAAAGGGGGCGGUGAAGAGGUAUAACAGGUCUGCACAGGCCAGACUCAGCACCUGCAGGUACAGCGACGACGUAGACGAGGACGACACAGGGGAGGAGGUCGGGGACGUGGAGCUGGACAGGCACCAUGGUAACGGAGCUCUGAUGAAGCAGCAAUUGGCCCCUCCGUGUCUCCUCCUGAUCCUCCUGCGCCUCAGCAGCAGCCCUAGAGUGUACAGGUUUCCCAAGAUUCCCAGGAGAGAUAGAAGGGACAGGAGCGAGCAGAACAGAGCAGUGGAUGCCAGGCUGGGAGGCAGGGACUCAGACGGAGAGGUGGAGGGUACGGACAAAUUUGAAGACAUGGAAAUGGUGAAUGGGGAUGGUGGUAUGGAGCUGGGGAAAUCCAUUGUGAAGGAGGCGUCACAGUUGAGGGAAAUGCAGAAUGCUCUGUGUAGAAGUGGAUAG